AUGGCCUACGGUACCCCGAUGGCCGGCUAUAUGCCGGUGAAAACGGACUCAUCUGAAGAAUCAUCCCCCAGCUCUCGCCCCAAAUACGAGAACCCUGAAGAUGAGCACAGGUACCGCCAAAAACGGGAUCGCAACAACGAGGCCGCCAAAAAGUCGCGCAAACAGCGCAAGGCCCGCGAGGAGCAGGCCGUCCAAGCCGCCCAACGCCUCGAGCAAGAGAAGCAGGAAUUGCUGCAGAUCUUGCAGUGCAAAGAGCAGGAAGCCAGGCUAAAGGACGAGACAAUCGAUAGACUACAAAAGCAAAUAAUGGAGAUGGGCGGCUACACGACGAUCACGCAGACCUACACCACUGCCCAAUUCAACGCCGAUCCUUUCGUGACAAUGAUGGGAAAGAACAUCCCGGCGAGG